AUGGCAGCAUCGUCAGCAUGUCUUGUUGGAAAUGCUUUAUCUACUCAUAGUAAUAGAAUUACUCUUGGUAAGGACUUGAGUGGAAGAUACCUAUUCUCAUCUUGGAUGAGUAAUAGGGCAUCAAAAUCAUUCUCUGUAAAGGCUACUUUAGAUCAAGGUCAGCAGGAGGGUAGAAGGGGGAUGCUGAAAUUGUUGCUUGGAAAUGUUGGUGUUGGUUUGCCUGCAUUAUUGGGAAAUGGAAAAGCUUAUGCUGCUGAUGAACAAGGUGUUUCGUCGUCGAGGAUGUCUUAUUCAAGGUUUCUUGAGUAUUUGGACAAGGAUAGAGUUACCAAAGUGGAUUUGUAUGAGAAUGGAACUAUAGCUAUUGUUGAGGCUGUUUCUCCUGAGUUAGGAAACAGGCUGCAGCGUGUUAGGGUUCAACUUCCUGGACUUAGUCAAGAGCUUCUUCAGAAAUUGAGGGAAAAGAACAUUGAUUUUGCAGCUCAUAAUAACCAAGAGGAAUCGGGUUCUGUUUUGUUUAACUUGAUUGGGAAUUUGGCUUUCCCUCUUGCUGUCAUUAGUGUAUUGUUCUUUCUCUCGAGGCGAUCUGGUGGAAUGGGAGGUCCCGGCGGGCCUGGAUUUCCUCUUCAGUUUGGUCAGUCUAAAGCCAAGUUUCAAAUGGAGCCGAACACUGGAGUGACGUUUGAUGAUGUUGCUGGGGUGGAUGAAGCCAAGCAGGAUUUUAUGGAAGUGGUGGAGUUUCUCAAGAAGCCUGAGAGGUUCACUUCUGUUGGUGCUCGUAUACCAAAAGGAGUUCUUCUUGUCGGUCCUCCAGGAACUGGAAAGACAUUGUUAGCCAAGGCUAUUGCUGGUGAAGCCGGCGUUCCAUUUUUUUCUAUAUCGGGUUCUGAGUUUGUUGAGAUGUUUGUUGGUAUCGGUGCUUCUCGUGUCCGUGAUUUGUUCAAGAAGGCUAAAGAGAAUGCUCCUUGCAUUGUCUUUGUUGAUGAAAUUGAUGCUGUUGGAAGACAAAGAGGGACGGGAAUUGGUGGAGGGAAUGAUGAAAGAGAACAGACUCUCAACCAGCUUUUGACAGAAAUGGAUGGAUUUGAGGGUAACACCGGUGUCAUUGUUAUUGCAGCAACUAAUAGGGCCGACAUUCUUGACUCUGCAUUAUUGAGACCUGGACGGUUCGAUAGACAGGUAUCUGUAGAUGUUCCAGAUAUAAAGGGAAGGACUGAUAUCCUAAAGGUUCAUGCUAACAAUAAAAAGUUUGAAAAUGAUGUUUCUCUUGAAGUGAUUGCAAUGAGAACUCCUGGUUUCAGUGGAGCUGAUCUUGCAAAUCUCUUGAAUGAAGCUGCUAUAUUAGCUGGUCGGCGAGGAAGGUCAGGGAUUUCAUCUAAGGAGAUUGAUGAUUCUAUCGAUAGGAUUGUGGCUGGAAUGGAAGGAACAUUAAUGACUGAUGGAAAGAGCAAAAGUUUAGUGGCAUAUCAUGAAGUCGGGCAUGCCAUUUGCGGAACUUUGACUCCUGGUCAUGAUGCUGUACAAAAGCAACUCUUCGCAAGAAUUGUUGGAGGGUUAGGUGGUAGGGCUGCAGAAGAAAUUAUUUUCGGUGAGCCCGAGGUUACGACUGGCGCAGGUGGUGAUUUGCAGCAAAUCACCGGCAUAGCAAGACAGAUGGUAGUCACAUUUGGAAUGUCUGAUAUUGGUCCUUGGUCUCUUAUGGACUCAUCAGCGCAAAGUGGCGAUGUUAUCAUGAGAAUGAUGGCAAGGAACUCGAUGUCAGAAAAGCUUGCAGAGGACAUUGACACUGCUGUCAAGAGAUUAUCCGAUGAAGCAUAUGAAAUUGCCUUGUCGCAGAUAAGGAGCAACCGCGAGGCAAUUGAUAAGAUUGUUGAAGUCCUUCUAGAAAAGGAGACAUUGAGUGGAGAUGAAUUCCGUGCUCUACUGUCUGAGUUUGUUGAAAUUCCAGCUGAAAAUCGGGUUACUCCUGCUACUCCAUUGCCAGUUGCUGCUUGA